UCUUUUCCCCAGAUUCUCUGGUUCGUUUAGGAGCAAUAAGCAAAUAUAUUUCUUGUUUGAACCCUGAGAAAUAUCAGCAUCUUUUAGAUGCCGGUAUGAAAUUUCAAAAACAUUCAGAACGUCAUUUAUUUGAUUAUCCAUCAUUCUUAAAAGAGUUACAAUUCGAUAUAUUUUUAAAAGAUUUGUCUGUUUGGUGUAUUGAACAUGGAGGCUAUCGUUGCCGUAAUCUUAAAUUCCAUAAUCUCGUGUUAAAAACCUUAUUAGAAUUAUUCUCUGAAAGAGGUGCCAAAUUAGAAGUUUUUUAUAUGAAAAAAGUAUAUAGCAGCGCGUUUCCUUCAUAUCACACAGAAUUAAAACAUCUGGAUUUUAGUGUGUUAACAUCUGUUAACGUUAAAGAAAUGUUUGUGAAUUGCAAAAAAAUGAGGUUAGAAGGAGAUGUACUAGCGCUUGAUAAUCUUAUGAACAUUUUUACAACAAUUUGUAAUAAUAUCGAACAUUUAACACUCGAUUCUCCGAAUAUAGAACCCAAAAUUUUACAAAAUGGAACUUUUAACUUUUUGGAUCCAAAAUCAGAUUCAUUUUUAUCUAAUGAAAUAGAUAGAAAGGAAGUUCUUUCCAAAAUUUUAUCAAAAUGUAAUCGACCUAGUGCAAUUGCCAGUUUAAUUGUUUCUCAACGCAAACUUAAAACUUUGGUUCUAAUUAAUCAAAACAGAUAUCUCGGAGAUUACUUACCUAAUGCUACCACCAUUAAAUCUUCAACUAAUAUAGCAGUAUGUGAGUAUAAUAUCGGAGGUUUAUUCCCAGUAACCAUCAGUUGGACCCAUGUAAAGACUUUUUCGCUUGUAAGAAUGGCAAGUGAUGGUGUCGGCGAAAUUGAAUCCUGUCGAAUUCCUCCACAGAUGAUGAUUUUAGCACCUUUAUUUACUAAGAAAAUGGUUUAG